AUGCCUGCCGGACGACCUGCCCGACAGCGUCUCGCCGCUGUCACCAAUGAGAAUGACGAGAACGCCGGCACGACACGUCUGACACGCGCGAAAGCCGCCGCGUUAUCGACAACUUCAGACGCUCACGAUCUUCCCAAGAAGGCCUUGGCAACCAAGAAGUCGGCAACGAACGUCACUGGCACCGCGCACCCCAGAAAACGCGCUGCACUCGGUGAUGUCAGCAACGUCGCCAAAGGUGCUGAAGUAGUUGAUGGCAAGGAGAAGAAGCCGCUUGCAGGCAAAGCGGGCCUCGUCUCGAAAGCAGCACAGCCGACCGGGAUACAGAAGCCCUCGCGGACCAACUCGACGCGUACCAUUCUUGGUCCGAAGGACAGGAACACUGCUCCUCAUGAGUUGAAGCGGCCUGCGAGUGGGUCUGGCGUCGUGGGCAACGUGUCGAAGAAGCGAAACGUGUCGGGGUCCAGCACGAAGGCAAUCAAGGAAGAAGAGACGACGGAGAACCUUGCGCCUUCGAGUAGGACGACGAAGACGACGGUCACUGUCGAGAUCGAAUCGAACAUGCCUGCGAAGAAAGAGUUCACCGUCAAGUCUACCACGCCGACAGCACUGCCGGAAGCUGUUGAGGAGGAAGAGGUGCCGGAUCUUGACAAGGAGGACGGCGAUGAUCCUUUGAUGGUUGCCGAAUACGUUGUCGAGAUCUUCGAGUACUUGAGGGAGCUGGAAUUGACCACGAUGGCAAACCCUAACUACAUGGAAAGCCAAGGCGAACUGGAAUGGAAGAUGCGAGGUAUACUCGUGGACUGGCUGCUCGAGGUCCACACCCGGUUCCGGUUACUACCGGAAACGCUCUUCCUGGCCGUGAACAUCAUCGACCGGUUCCUCUCCAUGAAGGUGGUGCAGCUUGACCGCCUGCAACUGGUUGGUGUCACAGCCAUGUUCAUCGCGUCAAAAUACGAGGAGGUCCUGUCGCCUCACGUUCAGAACUUCCGCCAUGUCGCCGACGAUGGCUUCACGGAAGAAGAGAUCCUGAGCGCUGAGCGCUUCGUCCUCGGUGCCCUCAACUACGAUCUCAGCUAUCCCAACCCGAUGAACUUCCUGCGGAGAAUAUCAAAGGCCGAUAGCUACGACAUCCAGACGCGUACCCUCGGCAAAUACCUACUCGAAAUCAGCUGUCUAGAUCACCGCUUCAUCGCGCACGAGCCGAGCCGAAUCGCCGCUGCAUCAAUGUACUUGGCGCGUCUGGUGCUCGAGCGUGGAGACUGGGACGCCACUCUCGCUCGUUACGCCGGUUACACCGAGGAGGAAAUCCAGCCUGUGCUGCUGCUCAUGAUCGACUAUCUUAGAAGCCCAGUUGUUCACGAGGCCUUCUUCAAGAAGUACGCGAGUAAGAAGUUCCUGAAAGCUUCCAUCGUCCUUCGCGCAUGGGCCAAAAAGUGGGCCCCAUACUAUUUGGGCGAAGACGCCACCACCAAGAGCGCCAAACAGACCUAA